GAUGCUGCGCGGUGCGGACUCAGCGGAGCACCGAGAGCAGAGGCGUCCAGCCCGGAUCCGAGCCCGGGUUAGAGUCGUGCUACACCGGCCAAUACCAAAUCUCUGCAGCGGGUCGAUCAACGGGAAGAGCCGGAGAAGAGGGCACCGGAGAAGAGGAGGUUCCCCGAGACGGUCGGAAGUUUCAACGCCGAGUUGCAGGAGUAGUUUUGCGGACUGAAGCUAGCCCCUGUGCCCGCUGCACCUCCCUCCUGCCCCGGCCAGCCUGCAGCGAGUCAGCCCGCUGUCCCCCGGCUGUACCCCCGCUGUCCCCCGGCUGUCCCCGGCUGUCCUUCGCUUUCCCCGGCUCCCUGCUCCAUCCAGCCGGGAUCAUGGCGCUCCGAGCCCGGGCGCUGUACGACUUCCACUCGGAGAACCCGGGCGAGGUGUCGGUGAAGGAGAACGAGGUGGUCACCCUGUACAGCGAGCAGGACAUCGAGGGCUGGCUGGAGGGGGUGAACAGCACCGGGGAGAGGGGACUGUUCCCCGCGUCCUACGUGCAGAUCGUGAGCAGCGACGCCGCCUCCACGUCCAACAACAACAUCUGCAGCACAUCUGGGGACUCGAACCCGGACUCCAGAUACGCCAACAUCCCGCCCGGAGGCUUCGACGGCUCUGCGAGUCCUCCGAAUAAAACCGAGAACUUUUCCAAACCGUCUCCUCCAGGUUUGACCACCUUCCCCACAGCUCCUCCGCCGCAGCAGCAGCCUCCCCAGCAGCAGCAGCAGCAGCACACCUACCAGUCCCCCAGCCAAGUGAGCGACGAUGACUGGGAUGAUGACUGGGAUGACAGCUCCACUGUGGCGGAUGAACCGGGGACUGUGGGAGGACGGUAUCGUGACUUUGAAGGCAACGGGCCGUCCACAUACAGAGUGUCCACGUCCUCCACGGCCAGAGGCAACGCGCAGCAGGCCAAGAGCUCAGCCACGGUCAGCAGGAACCUGAACAGGUUCUCCACCUUCGUCAAGUCUGGAGGUGAGGCCUUCGUGCUGGGAGAGGCGUCAGGCUUUGUGAAGGAUGGGGAUAAGCUCUGUGUGGUGAUGGGUCAGUAUGGCCCAGAGUGGCAGGAGAACCCGUAUCCCUUCGGUUGCACAAUCGACGACCCCACCAAACAGACCAAGUUCAAGGGGAUGAAAAGCUACAUCUCCUACAAGCUGACCCCCAGCCACACGCAGGCCCAGGUGAACAGGAGGUACAAGCACUUCGACUGGCUGUACGCCCGCCUGGUGGAGAAGUUCCCCGUCAUCUCAGUGCCACACAUCCCCGAGAAGCAGGCCACAGGUCGCUUCGAGGAGGACUUCAUCUCCAAGAGGAGGAAAGGCCUCAUGUGGUGGAUGAACCACAUGACCAGCCACCCGGUCCUGUCCAAAUGUGAUGUCUUCCAGCACUUCCUCACCUGCAGCAGCACGGACGAGAAGGCCUGGAAGCAGGGGAAGAGGAAGGCCGAGAAGGACGAGAUGGUGGGAGCCAACUUCUUCCUCACCAUCAGCACUCCAGCGGCUCCGCUCGACUUUCAGGAGGUCGAGAGCAAAAUAGACGGAUUCAAGACGUUCACCAAGAGGAUGGACGACAGCACCCUGCAGCUCAAUGCCACCGUCAACGAGUUCGCCCGCAAGCAGAUCACCGGCUUCAAGAAGGAGUACCAGAAAGUGGGGAUGUCGUUCAAGUUCCUCAGCCAGGCUUUUGAAAUAGACCAGCAGGCGUACUCAGUGGGACUGAACCAGGCCAUCUCCUUCACCGGAGACACGUAUGAAGCCAUCGGAGAGUAUUUUGCUGAGCAGCCCAGAAAGGAUCUUGACCCGAUCAUGGAUUUGUUUGCUCUUUACCAAGGACACUUGGCAAACUACCCAGACAUCAUCCAUGUCCAGAAAGGAGCCCUGACGAAGGUGAAAGAAAGCCAGAAGCAUGUGGAGGAGGGUAAGAUGGACCUGGCUCAGGCAGAAGGAAUCAACGAGCGCUGCAACAUCAUCUCCUGCGCCACGCUGGCUGAGAUCCAGCACUUCCACCAGAUCCGCGUGCGCGACUUCAAGGCCCAGAUGCAGCACUACUUACAGCAACAGAUUUCGUUCUUUCAAAAAAUCACAGGCAAGCUAGAGGAGGCUCUGCAGAAAUAUGACAACGCCUAACGGAUUACUGGUCCCAGCCUGUCGGUUAAGACCUUGGUGACCAAUGGCCACACACAUCUCUCUAAGUCGGCCAGUGGAGCCUGCACCACACUGCUGAACGCUGUUCACCGAGCAGGGAGAGACGUUCGAGGAGAUUAUUCUCCUGUUAAAAAGAAAUUUCAACCCAAUUCAGGUUUCUGUGUGUGUUGGCCACAUCCUUGAGGGACUGGACGUCCUUAUUUAAGAGAGCACAUGUAAUUUGAUGAAGUUAAGCCAACUUGCUAGACCAGCAAAGGUCUUAUGCCUUCAGAUUUCAUGGGUCAAUGAUCACGAUGGGUCACCAGUUGGGCCAGUGGGUCGGUGGAUGAAAUCUAAAUUAAUGUCAUGACUUACAGAGCGAGUCUCAAGAAAGAGGGAGGAGCCUUGAAUCCACUGUUGAAUACCAGAUGAAGGAUUUCAUAUAUCAAGCCUUACAACGCUGUUCUUAACGGAUGGUUUUGAAGUGACUGCCACUCCGGGAGCGGCGAUGAGCCAGUGGCUAACACUCUGCCUUCUGGAAACCCUCGGCCCCUUCCCGGUAUCGCUCUCCUCAGACAAACAGGACUGAGUGUUUACAGUCUCCUCACUGAGCAGCUGCUGUCACCACUGUCUCGCUGUGCCUUCUCACUAAACCUCUCCGGUCAUUUUUGUUACUAGCUCCUAAAAAAAGCUAUAUAUAAUCUAUAUGUUGAGAUAUAUUCUAUUUGUUUUUACAAAGCGACAAAUUUGGCAGUCUUCACAAAAUAUCACUGUGCUAUGAAUGAGGGAGGUCUUUUAUGGGCGAUAAUAUUUUUCAGCUUAUUUUUUUUUGCCUCAGUGGCUCCAGUAUUGAUUUUUCCACUCUCACAGUGUGAGACAGAAUCUGGAUCAAGAGAGGAUUACCUGCUUUGACAAUAGGAACCCAUGCCUUACAACCGGCUCAGCACUGGUGCUGAUACGUAAGUUUGCCGAUGUUAAAGAGCGAGUACGAUGGACACACAAAACGCCAGAUAUGUUAAUUUGUGUUUACUAAAUGUGGGUUUUCCUGGUUUAGUUUUUUGGGAUGGUGUCCGAAGGCAGGCUGUUAGAGGGUAGCGGGUUCCUGGACUGUUUUAAUAAUGGAGUCAUUUUAAUAUCACACUUGUUCAACCUAGACAGUUCUGCUGUUUUUAACCUUUGUGAUGCUGGCUGCACCAUGAAGACAUUAAUGUUGAAGCAGAGAUGCAAAAUAAACUUCUCCUUCUCAGAAA